AUGUCACUUGUUUUUAUUUUCAGGAAUCUCGCUAUUUUCAUUCUAGCAGCGCUAGCCACGGCAUUAAUCGGUAUUUUGGUCGACCUUUCUGUGUUCAGUUCCCGCUACUUGCGGUCACAACGACAAAAAGAGGCCGCUCUAAAACAGGCGCUUGAAUCACCCCCAGGCUUGUUUCGGCUGCUUGUGGCGAAUAUAGCAGGGAAUGCAGCGGUGGAGAUGUCCCAAGAUCCCCUCAAAUACAAAGAAUAUUUCGAUAUUAGGGGCUGGGAGUGCCACUGGUCACUAGGCCGAGGGGCGGACGCUCUUAUAUUCUUCACUCUGCCGGCUAUGUUGAAUGUAAUAGGGAAGAAGUUCCGAAAUCUCUCUCAAAACAAGGAGCUCUUUGAUUUUGUUCCGGAUGAGAAGUUCCGCCGGGCCCUUGAGAUAGUAUUGACUGCGGACCCCCGGAUUAAGACGAGCCUUCAAGAUAUCCCGGCUGCUUCUGAUUAA